AUGUAUGCAGCCAAGCGCCUUAUACAUGCAUCUCGGCUUCAUUGGCUGACGGCAGCCGGCGUCACGCAUUGCUUCGUCAAUCUUGGCUCAGAUCAUCCGAGUAUCAUCGAAGCAAUCGUCAAGGGACAAAACGAGAAGAAUGGAAAGUUCCCACGCAUCAUCACUUGUCCUAACGAGAUGGUUGCUCUCAGUCUGGCUGAUGGAUAUGCAAGACUAACCAACAAGCCUCAAUGUGUUAUCGUUCACGUCGACGUAGGAACGCAAGGUCUUGGUGCCGCAGUCCACAACGCAUCUUGUGGAAGAGCACCUGUUCUCAUCUUCGCUGGGCUUUCGCCAUACACAAUCGAGGGCGAGUAUCGUGGCUCGCGAACCGAGUAUAUCCACUGGAUCCAGGAUGUUCCUGAUCAGAAGCAAAUCGUUGCGCAGUAUUGUCGCUAUACUGGAGAAAUCAAGCGUGGAGCCAAUGUCAAGCAGUUGGUCAACAGAGCCCUGACUUUUGCAACCAGCGAACCAAGAGGCCCCGUAUAUCUGGCUGGUGCUCGAGAGGCCAUGGAAGAGGACAUUGAACCGUACAAGCUUGAUCAACGUUACUGGACAGCAGUCGAGCCGAGCGCCUUGACCUCAAAACAGACCGAGAGAGUAGCUCAACUCUUGAUCGAAGCCGAGUCACCGCUUGUCAUCACUGGCUACAGUGGACGCAAUCAUAAUGCUGUCGGAGCACUCGUCGAGCUUGCUAAUACCGUCAAAGGACUCAAAGUGUUGGACACUGGUGGUAGCGAUAUGUGCUUCCCUGCCGACCAUCCAGCGUGGCUAGGUCUCAGAUAUGGCGUGGAAGACAACAUCAAGUCUGCAGAUGUGAUCAUUGUGCUGGACUGCGAUGUUCCUUGGAUCCCGACUCAAUGCAAGCCCAACGACGAGGCCAAGAUCAUACACAUUGAUGUUGAUCCUCUCAAGCAGCAGAUGCCCGUGUUCUACAUCAAUGCCUUGGCCAGAUACCGUGCAGAUUCGGAGACUGCUGUGACCCAGAUCACCGAACAUCUGAAGGCCAAGUACGAAAGUGAGAUCACGAGCAGCCGAUUCGAAGAGAAGUGGGCCGCACUGCAGGACUCGCACAAGCAGCGUUUGCAGACGAUUUCGGAUCAAGCUAAGCCCGGUGAAGACGGAACAUUUGGAUGCUCAUACUUGGUCCACCAGUUGCGCAAAUCAUGUCCCCAAGACACCAUCUGGGCCAUUGAGGCAGUGACGAAUACGGCAUUCGUUGCAGAUCAAAUUCAAGCAACCUUCCCAGGAUCUUGGAUCAAUUGCGGCGGUGGUGGACUCGGAUGGUCGGGAGGCGGUGCUUUGGGAAUCAAGCUCGCAACCGAUUUCGAGAAUGGCGGAAAAGGAAAGUUUGUCGUCCAGAUUGUUGGCGAUGGCACAUACCUCUUCAGUGUGCCAGGAUCGGUGUACUGGAUUGCGCAGCGCUACAACAUCCCAAUCCUAACAGUUGUGCUUAACAACAAAGGCUGGAAUGCACCCCGCAAGUCGCUCCUUCUGGUCCAUCCGGAGGGCGAGGGUAGCAAAGUGUCAAACGAAGAACUCAACAUCUCGUUCGCACCCACGCCCGACUACUCGGGUAUUGCGAAAGCGUCUUCUGGUGGUAAAUGCUGGGCCGGUCAUGCUGGUACCGUGGAAGAAUUGGCGAAGAUGCUUCCCGAAGCCAUCGAAGCGGUCAAGGGCGGUGUUUGCGCUGUGCUGGACGCGCACCUUGACGGACCGCAAGGAAAGUACGGCGGCGGAAAGGCUACCUUGAUCGGAUGA